AUCAAUUAAUCGCGUUUCUGAAAUUUGUUCCUUAUUGAUCCGACCAAAAUUCGGAAUACGUAUUCAACCCUACAGAUAAACGGUCUAUAGAUAGAUAUGGGAAAGACAGUGAAGAGUAGUAACAAUGGUGAUGGCCUCCGUCAGGCGGUCAACAAUGCCUUGGAAAGGCACUUGUUCAAUAUCCCGUCGUUCAAGAUUUAUGGUGGUGCCGCCGGCUUGUAUGAUUAUGGCCCUCCUGGUGCCACCCUCCUUGAUAAUGUCCUCUCCUUAUGGCGCCAACAUUUCGUGUUGGAGGAGAAUAUGCUACAAGUAAAAUGUCCUAGUGUGACUCCAGAAAUUGUCUUGAAAGCUUCUGGUCAUGUAGAUAAAUUUACAGAUCUCAAGGUCGAAGAUAUGAAGACCGGAAAAAGUUAUAGAGCUGAUCACCUGCUUAAAGAUUAUUGUGAGGAUACGCUCAAGAAGGAUCGGUCCAUAAUUAGUGAUGAGAAGGCUGCUGAAUUGAAUAAAAUUUGUGCAGUACUAGAUGAUCUUUCUGCUGAUCAACUUGGUGCCAUGAUUAAGAAGUAUGAGAUAAUGGCACCGGAAACCAAGAACUCACUUUCAGAUCCUGUUGAGUUUAAUCUUAUGUUUAAGACUUCUAUUGGUCCUUCAAGUGAGACCAUUGGGUACAUGCGUCCUGAAACAGCACAAGGCAUAUUCGUGAACUUCAAUUAUUUAUACUAUUACAAGCGAAACAAGCUUCCAUUUGCUGCUUUUCAAAUUGGCCAGGCUUUCAGAAAUGAGAUAUCUCCUAGGCAGGGUCUUUUAAGAGUUCGUGAAUUCACGCUAGCAGAGAUCGAACACUUCGUGGACCCUGAUAACAAAGACCAUCCAAAGUAUGCCACGGUUACCAACCUAGAGAUUCUGAUGUUCUCUAGAGACGAACAAGAAUCACAGCAGUCUGCAAAAAGACUUUGUCUUGGUGAAGCUGUUUCCAAGGGGAUUGUCAAUAAUCAAACACUUGCUUAUUUCAUCGGCAGAGUAUAUUUGUUUUUGACAAGGCUGGGUAUAGAUGAAGAACGGUUGCGGUUCAGGCAGCAUCUUUCAAAUGAGAUGGCUCAUUAUGCCGAAGAUUGUUGGGAUGCCGAAAUCAAGUGUUCUUAUGGUUGGAUUGAGUGUGUUGGGAUUGCUGAUAGGUCUACAUAUGACCUGCGUGUACACUCGGAUAAAAGUGGCAUUGCUCUUGUAGCUCGAGAGAAAUUUGCAGAACCUAAAGAAGUGGAGAAAUUAACUAUAACUCCCGUUAAGAAGGAACUCGGGCUUGCAUUCAAGGGUAACCAAAAGAUGGUGCUUGAAGCACUGGAAACGAUGAAUGAGCAUGAGGCCAUGGCAAUGAAGGCUGCAUUAGAAUCCAAAGGGGAGGUUGAAUUUCAAGUUUCCACUCUCCAAAAGACUGUUACUAUAAAGAAAAACAUGGUUUCAAUAACAAAGGAAAUCAAGAAAGAGCACCAUAGAGUUUUUACACCUUCUGUAAUUGAACCUUCCUUUGGCAUUGGUCGGAUUAUCUAUUGUCUCUUUGAACAUUGCUUCUACACGAGACCAAGCAAAGAUGGCUAUGAACUAUUAAAUGUUUUCCGGUUCCCCCCUCUUGUGGCACCGAUCAAAUGUAGUGUCUUCCCAUUGGUCCAGAAUCAGAAAUACGAGGAAGUUGCUGAACAGAUUUCCACUUCUCUGACUGCAGCCGGAAUUUUUAACGAGAAAGAUACCACGGGUACAUCAAUAGGGAAAAAAUAUGCAAGAGCAGAUGAACUUGGUGUGCCAUUUGCUAUUACUGUAGAUUCGACUUCGUCAGUGACAAUUCGUGAGAGGGAUAGUAAAGAUCAAAUCCGUUUGAAUGUGGAGGAGGUAGUAGCAGUGGUGACGGACGUAUCCCAGGGGCAGAGCACAUGGGCUGAUAUCUUAAAGAAAUACCCAGAAAGUUUCAGGCCCUGGAGACGACUAAAGACUCAGAUUUAUGGAAGACCCACUUUAUCUUUAGCUGUCUUAACCGGUUUACUGGUUAUUGAACAUUGUUAUCUUCUACAAAAACUCAAAACUAGAAAUUAGUAUACCAUAUAUAAGGGUUACCUAAUACUUAUGUAUUUUCACCAUGCUGGAAUUAAGAUCUUAAAAAGAAUGUAACUUUUACUGGUAAUCUAUCUGUUUGACAUGUUAUGCUGUCCAAA